AUGUCGUACACCUCCAGCACCAUCGUCGGCGGCUCCUGGGCGACCCCGAGCGGCACAGCCUUCUUCCGCUUGGACGGAGAAGACUACGUCAAGGUGCCGAUGGCCCGGCUGCGCGCGGAGUACUUUUCGUGGGAGGCGGCGCGGGCGAUGAGGAUCUUCGAUGAGGAGGAGGAGCGCAUCCGCAAGGCGGAGGAGCAGGAGCGCGAGACAGCCAAGGAUGUGCGCGUCGAGCAGACCGUCGAGGACGCCGAGGCCCUGGCGGCCGAGGUCGAGACGCGGGCGUGCACGGGCAGGACCAUCGACGUCGACGCGUUCUUCCGGAGCGCGGUUGGGGACGAGUGGGCGGACGAGCUCGCGGGCGUGUCCGAGGCGGCCGACGUCUCGAUCCCAGUACUGGACACCGAGGAGGCGUAUGUUGCGUGGCUGGUGGCGGGCGACCUCAGCCUCGACUCCUGCGCUGGCGUCCAGGGCGAAGACGCGUACACGACCAUCGCGGUCGUCGACAGCGUCGCAGCACCGGCGGACGCCGAGCCUCCGAUCGCGCGCGCCGUGGGGGCUGACGGCGGGGUGCCUCCCCGUGCGGCCCUGCACGGCCUCGAGCGCGCCCGCGAGAGGAAGAGGGGAGGUCGGGUCGCGCUUGGGAGCGGCGGCAGCAGCAUCACCACCACUACCGCCGCCGCCGCCAGCACCGGCACCAGCACCAGCAACGACAAGGCCCCAGGCGGACCAAAGCCUCCAACCGCGUCCGCGUCCGCGUUAUCCGACUCCGCGGCGCACCGCAUGGCGAGCUGGCUCUCCGCAUGUGCAGCUGCGCGCGAGGGCGAGAGCGAAGGCGCGUCCGCUGCCGAGAGGACGAGGGGACGGAAGGCCCGCAGGCUCGACGCGGAAAACACCGGCGGCCCUAGAGGGUUCCGGGGGUGCGACGUGAGGGACUGGCUGGCCUCCGUCGCGAGCCCGUGGGAUGGCGGGGCGGCGGGGACGAGGGCGGUAGAGGGGGAGUUCGCCGCGCUGGUGGGCACGGGCAAGGGUAAGGGCAAGGGGCGCGGCGGGGCUUCGUCGCAGCAGCGGCGCAAGUGCAUAUCGGCGAAGAACGGGGACCUAGUGGGCAAGACCCGCAAGGCCUUCGCGUCCGUUGGCAACAAGGCGUCCUAG